AUGGCGAACUACCUUGCUCAGUUCCAGAGCAUCAAGAACUCGUGCGAUCACAUCGUAAUUGCAGUUGAAGAUGUGAGUGAUUUGUGGCCCACUGUCAAAGGCAGAUUUGAUGAGAGGUUGCCCUUCAGAAGAGCUUGUUUGAACAACAAGACACGGAAUCCUGUUUUUGUUGAGAAUCUGAAUGCAGAAUUCAUACUGACAACAGACUCAAGACUUCGCAGCCGGUUCCCUCAAGAACAAUCACUGUUUUGGUUUCGAGAACCAUAUGCAACUGUGGUUCUUGUCACAUGUGAGGAUCUUGACGAGUUUAAAACCAUCCUUAAACCACGCCUAAAACUAAUAGUCCAAAAUGAUGAGCGGGAAUGGUUUAUUGUAUUUGUAUCUCGAGCCCACCCAAGCAAUGAUAGUGCAACCAAGUCAGCCAAAAAGGUAUAUGAUAAGGUGCAAGUUGAGUUCAGCACGAAGAAGAGAGAGAGGUGCUGCAAAUUUGAUAUCCAUGGCCCUGAAGCAUUAUUUUGGGAAGACUUGGAAUCCAAAAUUAUGGAGUGUGUCAGAAAUACAUUGGAUAGACGUGUACAGUUUUACGAGGAUGAAAUACGUAAACUCAGCGAACAACGAUUUAUGCCUAUUUGGAACUUUUGUAACUUUUUCAUAUUGAAGGAAAGUUUGGCUUUUAUGUUUGAGAUGGCCCAUCUUUAUGAAGAUGCAUUGCGCGAAUAUGACGAACUAGAACUCUGCUACUUAGAAACAGUUAAUAUGAUUGGCAAGCAGAGAGACUUUGGAGGUGUUGAGCAUGGUGAUGAUCAAGCAGCACUGCUGAAUCCUGGGAAUAAACCACUCUCUCAGAUCGUUCAAGAUGACUCCUUCAGAGAAUUUGAAUUUAGACAGUACCUCUUUGCUUACCAAUCAAAGCUUCUAUUCAAGCUGAAUCGUCCGUUUGAGGUUGCAUCAAGGGGUUAUUCAUUUGUAAUAAGUUUUUCAAAGUCACUCACAUUACAUGAGCAUAAACUACCAUUUUGUAUGCGUGAAGUCUGGGUAAUAACAGCAUGCUGGGAUUUAAUCACGGCUAGUUCUUCCGAAUAUAAAGCUGGAGUUGUGGCACCUGACAUAGAGAAGGAGUUCUAUCGACUUCAGGGUGAUCUAUUUUCAUUAGGUCGGGUGAAGUUCUUGAGACUUGCAUAUCUAGUUGGGUAUGGUAAUGAUAUUGAGAGAAGCCCUGUGAACAGUGCUUCUCUCAGCAUGCUGCCUUGGCCCAGGCCUUCAGUAUGGCCAUCAGUUCCUACUGAAGCUUCAUCUGAGGUGCUUGAGAAGGAAAAGCUGAUCCUCCAAACUACACCCAAGACUAAGCAUUUUGGUAUUCAGAGAAAAAAAUUGCCUCUUGAACCCACUGUGCUUUUGCGUGAGGCUAAUCGGCGGAGGGCAUCACUUUCUGCAGGCAAUGCAUUUGAAAUCUUUGAUGGUCACUCAGUUAUGACUGAUGGAUCAGGUCCAGAUGGUUCAUCAAAGUCACCAAACCCACAGAAGAAAGUUGGAAUUUCUAUGUCUCGAACAUUCUCUUCUCCGGGGAAUUUUGAGGGGCCACCAGACAGGCCUAUGAGAAUUGCUGAAAUACAUGUUGCUGCUCAGCAUGCUUUGCAGGGCACAAUUUCUGAUGAAGAUCUGUGGAAAUCUUUGUCAACUGUUGAGGAGUUUGAGAAAAAAUAUCUCGAGCUAACUAAAGGUGCUGCUGACAAUUAUCAUCGUUCCUGGUGGAAAAGACAUGGUGUUGUCCUUGAUGGAGAAAUUGCAGCUGUUUGUUUCAGACAUGGAAACUUUGACCAAGCUGCAAAAUCAUAUGAGAAGGUCUGUGCGUUGUAUGCCGGAGAAGGAUGGCAGGAGCUGUUGGCUGAUGUGUUGCCGAAUUUGGCCGAGUGUCAGAAGAUGUUGAAUGAUCAGGCUGGCUACCUGUCAUCUUGUAUCCGACUACUGUCCUUGGACAAAAGUUUGUUUUUGAAUAAAGAGCGAGAGGCUUUCCAGGCUGAACUAGUCCGUCUUGCACAUAGCGAGUUGAAAGAUCCAGUGCCUUUGGACGUGUCAUCUUUAAUUACCUUUUCAGGAAUCCCUGGACCUCCUCUGGAGUUGUGUGAUGGGGAUCCUGGUACUUUAUCUGUCACAGUUUGGAGUGGCUUUCCUGAUGAUAUGACUCUUGAUUCAGUGAGUCUCACUCUGAUGGCAACAUUUAAUGCUGAUGUCGGUGCCAAGGCAGUGAGGAGCACUACUGCUGUGCUAAAGCCUGGAAGAAAUACCGUUACCCUCUCUUUACUUCCACCGAAACCUGGCUCCUAUGUCCUAGGUGUUCUUACUGGGCAAAUUGGUCAGUUGAGGUUCAGAUCCCAUAGUUUUUCUAAAGGUGGCCCAGCAGACAGUGAUGAUUUCAUGAGCUAUGAGAAGCCAACGAGGCCUAUUUUGAAGGUUUUCAAACCAAGAGCUUUGGUUGAUCUUGCUGCUGUGAUCUCUUCACCUUUGCUUAUAAAUGAGAUUCAGUGGACUGGGAUUGUUGUGCGUCCAAUCGAUUAUUUGUUAAAAGGCGCUAUAUUGCACAUUGAUACUGGGCCAGGCCUAAGCAUUGAGAAGUCGUUUGUCAUUGAGAUGGAAAGCUGUGCCAAUUUGUCACAAAGUGAACCUGAUACACCAAAUUCCUCUGGCAGUCAAAAUGGUAGUCCCACUGCUUAUAAGCAAUCGGAGCAAUUAACUCUGGAGGAUGGAAAAGUAAACUUUCCAGAUUGGGCAAGCGAUGUGGAUUCUGUAAUUUGGGUUCCCAUUUGGGCUAAAAGUGACAGUCUUCCGAGGGGAUCAUCAUCAGUGUCCCCUCAGAGACCGAACAUGGUGGAUGGCAUGAGAACAAUUGCUUUGAAUCUGGAAUUUGGGGCAUCACACAACCAGACAUUUGAAAGAACAAUAGCUGUGCAUUUCAGUGAUCCUUUCCAUGUAAGCAGCCGCGUUAUUGACAGAUGCAAUGAAGGUACUCUGCUUCUUCAGGUGAUCCUGCAAUCCCAAGUUCAGGCCACUCUCACAGUAUAUGAUGCUUGGCUUGAACUGCAAGAUGGUUUUGUUCAUGCUGGACGAGGUGAUGGACGACCAACUUUGGUCUCCUUUCCUCUUGCAGUUUCUCCAACCUCUAAAGGGGGAAUAAUCUUCAACAUCUCCUUAGGGAGGACAAUUGGUAAAGAUGAAAAUGGUGCAGAACAGCCAGAAAGCAUAUUGAAUAUCAGAUAUGGAAUUUCUGGUGACAGAACCAGUGGAGCACAUCCCCCAGUGGCUAUGGAAUAUUCUGGAUCUGAUUCUGCAAGGAAGGACCUGACUUUCAGGAGUGUCCUUGUACUGCAAAGGCCCGUGCUCGACCCAUGCAUGGCUGUUGGUUUUCUUCCACUUCCUUCAGUGGACCUCAGAGUUGGGCAACUUGUUCCAAUGAAAUGGAGAGUUGAAAUUUUGAAAGAUAUGGAGGACAAGGAAAUCUCGAAACACAAUGAGGAGGUGCUGUAUGAAGUGAAUGCGAAUCCUGAGAAUUGGAUGAUUGCUGGAAGGAAGAGAGGAUAUAUUCCUCUGUCGAAAAAGCAAGGUUCAAGGAUAGUGAUAUCGGUGCUGUGUGUGCCUCUAGUUGCUGGGUACGUCCGACCUCCACAAUUGGGACUGCCUAAUGUCGAUGAGUCCGACAUAAGCUGCAACCCUCCCGGGCCUCACUUGGUUUGCAUAAUGCCUCCAGCACUCAGCUCUUCUUUCUGCAUCCCCGUAUGA